AGACCUGUACCCGUUUCAGGGAGCCUUGGGAGGAGCCUGAAUCAUGGAUGGAAUUGGACAGUACAUGGAGAUGGUUGAGCAGGAUGAGGUCCCUGGCUCUCCCUGUGGUGCCCCAAAUGUCAGCAUGGUGGCACCUGGCAGGACGUGUUCCAGGAAGACCACAGAGGAGAACUUUCCAGAUACCAUCGAGAAUUCCUACUCCCAGCAGGAGGAGACCAAACUGAAUAUCAGAGCCAGCAAAAACAGACUUCUUAUGAGCCAGGUGGCCUACUUCCUGAACUACCAGCUGAAGACAUACAAAGAUCGAAAAGAUCAUGAUGAAGAACAGAAAUGCAGAGACAACAAAAAUAAACUUCUUAUGAGUCAAGUGGCCUACUACCUGGGCUGCCAGCUGAAGACGGAAGUCCCUGGCUAUCUGUGUUCUGCCCCAAACGUCAGCAUGGUGGCAUCUGGCAGGCCUCCUUCCAGAAAAAACACAGAGAUGAACGUUCCAGAAGGCAUUGAGAAAUCCUGCUCCCAGCAGGAAGAAAACAAACCAAAUUACAGAGCCAGCAAAAAUAGACUUCUUAUGAGUCAGGUGGCCUACUUCCUGAACUACUGGCUGAAGACAUACAAAGAUCGAAAAGAUCAUGAUGAAGAACAGAAAUGCAGAGACAGCAAAAAUAAAUUUCUUAUAAGUCAAGUGGCCUACUACCUGGGCUGCCGGCUGAAGAUGGAAGUCCCUGGCUUUUUGUGUUCUGCCCCAAACGUCAGCAUGGUGGCAUCUGACAGGCCUCCUUCCAGAAAAGACACAGAGGUGAACAUUCCAGAAGGCAUUGAGAAAUCCUGCUCCCAACAGGAAGAAAACGAACCGAAUUUCAGAGCCAGCAAAAGUAGACUUCUUAUGAGUCAGGCAGUCUACUUCCUGAACUGCCGGCUAAAGACAUACAAAGAUCGAAAAGAUCACGAUGAAGAACAGAAAUGCAGAGACAACAAAAAUAAACUUCUUAUGAGUCAAGUGGCCUACUACCUGGGCUGCCGGCUGAAGAUGGAAGUCCCUGGCUUUCUGUGUUCUGCCCCAAACAUCAGUAAGGUGGCAUCUGACAGGCCUCCUUCCAGAAAAAACACAGAGUUCAAUGUUCCAGAAGGCAUUGAGAAAUCCUGCUCUGAACAGGAAGAUAACAAACCGAAUAUUGGAGUCAGCAAAAAUAGACUUCUUAUGAGUCCAGUGGACUACUCCCUGAACUAUUGGCUGAAGACAUACCAAGAUCGAAAAGAUCAUGAAGAGGAACAGAAAUACAGAGGCAGCAAAAAUAAACUUCUUAUGAGUCAAGCGGCCUACUACCCAGGCUGCCAGCUGAAGACAGAAGUUUCUGCUGAGGCCCAGUAUGCAAAGCAGUGUUCUGGGGACACGGGGGUAAACACAGUGAUAGCACACAGUAUCUGCUAUGGGGAGUUUACACAGCACCCUGCUCCUUCAACAUCCUGUGGUAUCGAGUGUGAAAUGGGAAAUAUCUGA